AUUCAGCCCUCGUUCACAGUGUAAUUGCAUUUGGAGGUGGAAAAUGAGAUAAAAUGCAUAACUGAUAAAAAAAAAACAGAUUCUCGGAAUGCAUCUGAUCUUUUCUGAGAACGAUUCUCAAGCAUUUGAUUCGCAUUAGAAGCAGUGUUGCCAGGUCCGGGGUUUUUCCGCGAAAUCGGGCUACUUUAACAUUGAUGCCGCGGGUUGAAAAAACGACACCAAUAACGUGAUAUUAAGCCUCUGGAUUACGAAUUUUACCAGGGGAUAAAUAUCCAAUUAGCCUAAACCUGUAUUUUCUUGUAUUUUACCCCCCGGGAACGCCAUUGAGCUAGCUUUGUGUAGCAUUUGGGCGGGUUUUGUUGUAAACACCUGGCAACCCUGAUAUUCCUGCUGCAGCCGAUCCAGAAACACAGAUAUAUUUCGCGGUGUGUUGGGUGGCCGGUCCGUAAUGAAGAAAAAGAGCUCUCACAAGCAUCAGUGCAGUCCUACUGCGUCUCUCAGUGAAAGCAUUGUGGGCUGUCGAAUACAACACAAAUGGAAGGAAGACGUCUACAGUCCGGUGUCUCGGUGGACGGGGACAGUACUGGUCCAAGUGUCUGUUAACCCGUCUCUGUACCUCAUCAAGUACGAUGGAGUGGACUGCGUCUACGGCCUGGAGAUCUUCAAAGAUCAGAGGGUUCAGAAUCUGGAGAUUUUUCCCGGGGAAAUCGCCUCAUUUCGGGUCAGUGACACUCGUCUUGCGGAUCAGCUGCUGGGACGGCCGGUGGUUCAUCUGUUUGAGACGGAGGAUGGCUCCAAGGAUGAGUGGAGAGGUCUGGUGCUCUCCAGGGCUCCCAGCAUGCCUGCGUGGUUCUUCAUAACUUAUGAGAAAGACCCCAUGCUGUACAUGUACCAGCUGACGCAGGAUUAUAAAGACGGGGACCUUCGGAUACUUCCGGAUUCAGCAGAUGAUCCGGCGGAGGUCAGCGAGCCGCGUGAGGUGUGUGACACGCUGGUUGGGAAGCAGGUGGAGUGUGAGAACAAGGACGGCACGCAGAGGAUGGGCACCAUCAUCCAGCAGGUUCAGGCCAAACCCUCCGUUUACUUCAUCAAGUUUGAUGAUGACUAUCACAUCUACGUCUAUGACAUGGUUGGAUCGUGAGUUUCCGCUCAAGACCUUCAUCAUCAUCACACAACAGCUUUUCAACUUUAACUGUUUUCAGACGCUUUGUUUUUCUUGUUAAUAAAUGUACGUUAUGUAGAAAGCUUCUGAUGUCAUUAGAGAUUUUGACACAUUUAGUUCCUCUUCUCUCUUUAACUGCUGUUAUGUCGAACACACAGAUGCGUUUGAGAAUAAAACGAGCCUGUUUUGUUGGUUCUCAUGAGCUUCUGUCCUCAGAAACAACGAUAUAUUUUUAUACUGUGAGUUCUUGUUCAGUUCAAGUGUGUUAUUGGUUGUUUGCUGUUUGAGAGUUUCAUUGUAGUGCCUUUAUCUCUUCUGAGAUCUUUCUGACUUACAUUUUUAUUACAUUUAUCUUUAACAUAAGAUGUGCUACUUCAUAAAGAUUCCCUUUGUAUAUCAAUGUGUUCCUCCUUUCUAUGUUUGUGUCCAGUAAAGAUGAACAAGGAAAAAAAAAAA